UCAUAAUUCACUUCAAUGUUGCAGUUUUUUUACGGAUAUGGAUAUCAUGGAACGUCAUUUGAGCAAACAUAUCUAUGUUACCCUGCAUCUUUUAUUGAUAAGCCACAGACUGAAAAUGGUGAUAAAAUUAUAAUGCCUCCCUCAGCCCUGGACCGCCUUGCAUCUCUUCAUAUUGAUUAUCCUAUGUUGUUUGAACUUCACAAUGCUGCUACCGAGCGCAUGUCUCAUUGUGGGGUUCUGGAGUUCAUUGCAGAAGAAGGCAUGAUAUACAUGCCUUACUGGAUGAUAGAGAACCUGCUGUUACAAGAAGGAGACAUAGUGCGAGUUGUUAGGGAAAAUCGAUCCGCAGCACCUCUUCAAAAAGAACUAAACAAUAUAUAUAUUAUAUAUGAAAUUGAUAGGCAAGCAUUCUUUUCCCCAGGAAUUCACUGCUGCCGCUGCGUGCUUCGGAAAAAGUGA